AUGGCAGAAUCAUCAGAUUUUCUGGCAACAAAAAGGAUUGCAGUAGUGACAGGAGCAAACAAAGGUAUAGGAAUUGAAAUAUGCAGACAGCUAGUCUUAAAGGGAAUUACAGUGGUUUUAACUGCCAGAGACGUGAAGAAGGGUGUUGAAGCUGUAGAGAAACUCAAAGGGUCUUCUACUUGUAGUUAUUUCUUCGAUAAUCUCAUUUUCCAUCAGCUUGAUGUUGUUGAUGCCUCCAGUAUUGCUCAUCUUGCAGAUUUCAUCAAGACUGAAUUUGGAAAACUUGAUAUCUUGGUGAAUAAUGCAGCAGUAAUUGGAAUAAAUGUGGAUUUGACUGCUGUUAGAGCUUCAACAAGUAGUAAACAAGGAUUAUACAUAAACUGGAGUGAGGUGUCAACUCAAAAUUAUGAACUGGCAGAAGAAUGCUUGAAGAUAAAUUACUAUGGUGCAAAAAAUGUGGCCGAAGCCCUUAUACCUCUCCUUCAGUUAUCCGACUCAGCAAGGAUCGUCAAUAUCUCCUCUUCCUCUGGUAAGUUAAAGUUUGUUUCCAAUGAAUGGGCUAAAGGAAUAUUAAGCGAUGCCAAUAGCCUUACUGAAGAAAAAGUUGACGCUGUUUUGAACGAGUUUUUAACAGAUAUUAGUGCAAAUCUGUUAGAAGACAAAGGCUGGCCUUCGAUUCUCACUGCUUAUACAUUAUCAAAAGCUGCAAUGAAUGCUUACACAAGGAUACUGGCCAAGAAAUAUCCCAAUUUAUUGAUCAAUUCCAUCUGCCCUGGCUAUGUGAAAACUGAUAUGAACUACAAUAGAGGCGUCUCAAGUGUCGAAGAAGGAGCUGAGAGUCCAGUGUGGCUCGCGCUAUUGCCCGAUGGAGCUCCUUCCGGGUUCUUCUUUUCUAGGAAGGACAUAUCGUCUUUUUGA